UUCUAAACCACAAGAUAUGGAAAAUAGCCUGCCGUGGCUAGAGAAUAAAUUUUGAUAUACUGGCUUGCUGCACUGGAUAGAUCUAGGUGUAUAGUAAGCUUUCCAAGCAGGCAACAGCAAAGAACAGAAGCGCUAAGCUGCUAUAUGCAGCAAAGGUCAAGAACCCAGAACAAGAAUGUUUAAUCCUUCAUUAAACGUGACCCUAUUGACCCUGGCAUUCCUCCUCUGACUUUACAUGUACUAGGUCUAGUCAGAGUAGUCUUGUCUAGAUCUAGUCUACGUCUGUGUUGGACACUGAGUAGUCAUAAAGUCGUAAACAAUUGAUUGCAAAUUGCAAGGACGGCACUAAGAGUGUUCACCACUUUACGAGUUGCUGCUCCAAGACAUCUGCUUUUGAGAGAGCGGAGGAGCAUGGCGCUCUCAGCUGGUAAGAGUCUAGAGACAUUGGAGUUUGUCAACAGUGCUGUGAAGAGUCUCCCUCUUGACAGUGAGGAGGAGAACUACGUACGAACCGUCCAAGGUGCCUGUUUCUCACGAGUUCGGCCCACCCCCCUCACCAACCCAUCUCUGGUGGUCCACUCAGACGACGCCUUCUCCUUGUUGGACCUCCCCUCGUCUGAGAUACAAAGGGAGGAGUUCAUUGAGUACUUCAGUGGGAACAAGAUUCUACCCGGCUCUGAGCCAGCUGCUCACUGUUACUGUGGACACCAGUUUGGGAACUUUGCCGGACAGCUGGGGGAUGGAUGUGCAAUUCUCCUAGGUGAGGUGCGGACGGAUAGGGGUGAUCGUUGGGAGGUACAGCUGAAGGGGUCAGGGAAAACCCCCUUCUCUCGUCAGGCUGACGGGAGGAAGGUGCUCAGAUCCAGCAUCAGGGAGUUCCUAUGCUCAGAAGCAAUGCAUCACCUUGGUGUCCCCAGUACUAGAGCUGGCUCGUGUAUCACAUCAGACGACCGAGUGAUUCGUGACAUCCUUUAUAACGGCAACCCCAUUCAAGAGAGGGCCACAGUCAUCAGUAGGAUCUCACCAACCUUCCUCAGAUUUGGCUCAUUUGAGAUCCUGAAGACUCGUGACCCCCAGACUGGGAGGACUGGACCCAGUGUGGGCAGGACGGAGGUGCUCGAGCAACUCAUCGACUACACCACUGACAACUUCUUCAAAGAGGUCCACUCUGCUCAUCCUGACGAUCGAGGCAAGAGAGUGGCUGGCUUCUUUGAAGAGGUGUGUCGGAGAACAGCCAGACUGGUUGCCCUCUGGCAGUCUGUUGGAUUUUGUCAUGGUGUUCUAAACACUGACAACAUGAGCAUCAUUGGAGUUACCAUUGACUACGGACCGUUCGGCUUCUUGGACCGAUAUGAUCCUGGACACAUCUGCAACGGCUCAGACGAUGGCGGUCGCUACUCUUUCUCUCGUCAGCCAGCCAUCUGUCGUUGGAAUUUGAACAAGCUGGCGGAGGCCCUCCAUGACUACCUGGAUGAUCAGGAGGUCGAAAAAAGUCUGGAGAUAUUUGAUGAAGAAUUUGAGAAAAAUUAUUUGUCAAAAAUGAGGCGAAAGCUGGGACUACUGCAUCACGAGCUUCCCAAUGAUAGUGAUCUGAUUGAAUCUCUAUUUGAUGUGAUGCAUAAAACUGGUUGUGAUUUUACGAAUGGUUUCCAAGCACUGUCCCUCAUAUCCCCUCAAGGCAACCCUGGGGAAAGUGAUUCUACCGUGGAGACCAUUCUCGAUCAGUGCAGCUCCCCAGAAGAGAUCGUCAGGGGUUACAGACCAUCCAUGCAUCCAAGACAGCUGCAGAUGUUCCAGGCAUUGAUGCAGAGCUCACCUGACAUACUAGCAACACUGGGAGUAUCCUCCGAGUCCAUCACUGCCGAACUUCAGCGACUAGAGACCAUCCAAAAGCUCAAAACAAUGUCAGUUGAGGAGAAGAGGGAAAGAGAUAAAGAGACCUGGACACUCUGGAUAAAAACAUACAGUGAGAGACUGUCUCAAGAAAUUGAGGGACUGGAUGCAAGUGAGGUCUGUCGGAACAGAGUUAAAGUGAUGGCUCAAAACAAUCCGAAGUGUAUUCUUCGGAAUCACAUUGCUCAGAAAGCAAUUGAACUCGCAGAAGAGGGAGACUACUCUGAGGUUCGAAAGGUUUUACAGAUUCUCAAGAAACCUUACUGUACCCCACAAGAUAGAGGAACUGCUGAGACGGUUGAACCUAUGACAGUAACGGAUCUUAGUUGUGCUAACAAUGUUAAGGAGGGGGAUGUGUACUUCAGUAAACCACCUAUCGUUGCCUUGGGCACAGUCGUCACCUGAUCUUCGUAAAUCCUGCCACAUCAGUGUGCUGUGCUGUUGAAGCAGAAAUGCGAACAGUCAAACAAGAAAUCACAAGUCUUUUUGAGACAGUAUAAAGAACUGCAUUUGUAAAGACUUGUUUAUGACGGAAUCGCUGUAAAUCCCGCAUAGGGAGCAGCUUUUCUUGAAAGUUCUUGUUUGUCUGUAUAAUUAUAAACGUAUACUUUUUAUGCAAGUGUACAGUGUGUAAUAUAAACUGUUAUCUGUUUGUCA